CUCCUCACGGCAUUAAUUCUGCCUCCGAGAUCAAGUCCACCCCACUUGCAGUCGGCUCUGCCGCUGUCAGCGAACACAUCAGUACUCUAGGCCUCAGGGUCAGGGAUAUCCGCCCAUGGAUCACUCGGGACAUCGAGAAUUACACAAAAUGCGAAGCCGACGACAUGCUGCAGGGGCUCCUCUGUGGCUUCGACAAGCGUCCUGACAGUGAGAAGUCGAAAUUGUUUCAAGAUUCUCUUGAAGCCGUCCUGGACAUCUGCAACAACACUCCGGAAAUCACGGAUAACUUGACCGAAUUUGCCAAUUGCGCCACAGAGCCUAGUUCGUACCCGUCCUUCGUGCGUGCGGCCAAUGCUGCACUCCUCAAACUGAGGAACUUGGAAGUCUCCGGACUACCGGCUUCCCCGCACAACGACGACACCGACAUCUUAUUCCAUUAUAAUGACAAGGAUAUAAAGCAAAGGCACCAAGGCGCAGAGUCUACGCGCAAGCCCGACGUCGUUCUCGUCUCUCGGAAAGCAGUGAAGGGUGCGGCGAAGGGUAGAGAGACUAAGAGUAAGGCUAAAGGUAAGGGCAAGAGCAAGAGCAAGGGCCAGGCUAGUACGGGUAACGACGACGACGACGAAGACCAAGAUACCGAAGAGUUUUACGCGAACAAAGCGGCGAAAGAAGCCUCACGGAAACUUCAAAUGGUAUUGCCUUACAAAGUGUCAGAAUACGCUCCUCCUAAUCCAAGGCUCAGAUAUUUGAACCUUUGGAAUGCAAAGGAAAACAUUGAGCCAAGAGCUGCGGCUCCUGCUCCUGCCGCCGCUCCUACUCGAAGCUCGAACAUGCCAUCGAAUGAACCGCAGGGUACGCGUACGUCCGAGCGGCUGAAAGUAAAAUCAGACAGCAAACGUAAAUCUGAUCAGUUGGACGCCAACGAACCUGGUUCCAAGCGUCAGAAGAAAACCGAUGAGAUCCCCGCGGACCAGAAGGAACCCAAGGAGGAACCUGAAAAGAUUCAUCCAAACGUCCAGAAUGGUCUCUAUGUCGCGGAGAUAUUCGCCGCCAACAUCGCGCUGCAGUGCGUUAUAUCAUAUGUGGUGAACAAUGAUAUCAUUUACAUAUGGUACUUUGAUCGAGAAAAUGCCAUCCAAUGCGCGGGCAUCAACUUCAUCAAGGAUCUUCCCCGGUUCCUUGUGCUACUGCUUGCCAUGCAGCGCAUGAGGGACGAGCAAUGGGGCCAUAAUCCGAAUUUCACCCACGUUCCCGGCGUUUCGUGCGACGUCGUCGUCGGAGAUGUCGACCUGACAUUGGACUUGAAGUCUGACACACGCAUAACACACUUCGGUCUGCGCGGCCGCGCAACCAACAUUUUUUCUGUGCGAAGCAAGUAUCUUUCGGACAUACAGAAGAGGGAGGUUUGUGGCAAUGAUUCGAAGGAACUGGUCGCCAAGCUCUAUUGGCCAGAAGAGCGACGUCAGAGCGAGGACGAGAUCCUCCAGAACAUCUAUGACAUUGCGAGCAAGGAGUCGACGGUGAAGGGCCACAUCCCGGACAUGGUGUGGUUCCACAAAUUCGACGAGACAUCCACAACAAGAAUCAGGAAGUCGCUAGGAAUUCAAGACGCUGACGCUGAAGGGGGCAGUCGCGUUUUGUAUAUAAUCGUGUUCAGGAAACUCAUCCCAAUCACGUCGCUGAGCGGAGACGAUUUUCUCAGCGCAUGGUGGCAAGUUGUUCUAUGCCAUUACACACUUUGGAAGCACGAUGUCCAUCACCGCGACAUCAGUCCCAACAAUCUCAUGGUCUACAUGUUGAACGGUCAAUGGAUCGGGGUCCUCAAUGACUACGACCUAUCAUCGAUCAAACGCGAUGGACCCAGCGGGAAGGAGCGGACAGGAACAGUUCCAUUCAUGGCACUCGAUUUGCUCGACGAAGACGGCCUCGAAGGCAAAGUCACACACUUGUACCGGCAUGAUGCUGAGUCGUUAGUGUGGGUCCUCGUCUGGGUCUGUCUUAGGUACCAAGGAGGGAAGUUGAUAAAGAAUGGCAGACCGCUCGAUGAAUGGCUCAAAGUGGGUGCUAUUGCAUGUGGGGAGAAAAAAUCAGUCUUCCAGCGGAAGCUUCGGCAUGGGACCACCGAGGCCAGCCACAUACAACCCUCGCCGUCACACCAAUCUAACUGGAAGAUAGCGGUAGCUUGCCUGAGCACCCUCCAUCAUACUGGCCUGGCCAAACCGGACGAAAAUGACUAUAUUCUUCAGACGUGGCUUUUGGAUAACUUAAAGUCUGUCUCUCCAGGCAUUGUAGCUCACUAUCCCAUCAGUGUAUCAUAAGCUUCAUACAGUCCUGUAUCACGUAAAUACGUCCUUUGUA